UGCAGUGUGUUAUUGUUGUCUUCUUCGCCUCCUCUGUUAGGGUGAACUGACUCAGUGUAAUGAGUGUCUGUGUAAUGGACUGACCUGCACAUCAUGUACAUCUGUCAGUGUAAUGGUUUCCGCUGCUCUUAAGUGCAAAGACCAAACACAACUCCAUCAAGCUCCCUAAAGUGCUGGAUAAACUCCACCGAUGGACAGAUCCGGGAUUCGGGAACACUGAAGGAUGCUCGACCAGAUCUACAUGACAGAUGUCAGUUGACCUUUAACCGCCAACUGAUGUGUCCCCAUUCCUGACUGCUAGAAGAUGGAGAACCCUACAUUUCUGCUUUGUAUUUCGCACACUACACUGUAAACAAUGGAUGCUUCUGGAUUACCUCCAGCAGCAGCAGAGCUCAAUGAAACUGAACUUAAUGAGACACUGACUCAUGGCCACCCCAUACAUCUGCCUCCCAGCAUGCAGUUAGGGAGCAUGUCCAACCCGCAGUCACGUUUACGAGACAUGUCAGGCCUCGUCGUAAUGGUGACCCUUAAUGCGAUAGCACUAAUAGCCAACAGCGCAGUGCUAGCCAUAGUGGUGAAAGUGCCACAUCUCCGUAAGUUCAGUUUAGUCUGUCACCUUUGCAUUGUAGAUUUGCUAUGUGCCGCUCUGCUAAUGCCGCUUGGCAUUGUCUGUGGUUCGCCGUUCUUCGCCGGCGUCGUCUUUUCCGUACUCGAAUGCAGGUUGUACAUAUUCCUCAAUGCCUUUCUUGUAUCUGCCUCAAUCUUCACGGUCACUGUGAUAAGCAUCGAACGCUACUUCUACAUCGUGCAUCCUAUGAGGUACGAGGCUAAAAUGACCCCUUGGUUGUCAGCGGCUGUAAUGGGACUCGUUUGGGUGGCGUCCACUUUGCUAGGACUCGCGACAGUCUUCGGAUGGCCCAGUUAUGGAAGUAGAAGCUCAAUCGCAGCAACUCACUGCUCCCUCCAUUGGAGCCACAGCGGACAUAGGAGAGUGUUUGCGAUUUUAUUCUGCACAGUUUGUUUUUGUGUGCCGGCUGCUAUUAUUAUUGCCGUCUAUGGGAAUGUUUAUAAGGUCGCCCACACAGCUGCCCGGGAAAGAGGACCGAUCCCGAGUUGGACAAUAGCGACGGCUCAUCCGAAACGCAGGUCUGAUUCGGUCAACAGCCAAACUACAAUCAUCACCACCAGCACAAGCGUCCGCAGGAAUCAAGUCCCUCGUCGGAAAAGGAGAACACUUGUUGGUGGAAAGGCAGCACUUACUUUAGCCAUCAUCGUGGGUCAGUUCCUGCUCUGCUGGCUGCCUUAUUUCGCUUUCCACCUUCAUUUAUCCCUGGGUAUCUCCCAUAGUACUUCUGAAGAAGCCGAAGGUCCCGUCACCUGGCUGGCGUAUUCGACUUUCGCCGUCAAUCCCUUUUUUUACGGCCUGCUCAAUCGGCAGAUUAGGGAAGAGUUGUGUAAGAUAUUCCUGUGUUGCCGAUCGGCUGGCAGACCAGUGCGACCUUCACCCUCAGGCCACGAACGCUCAGGACAUGAAGACUUUUUCCAUUUUUUGCACAGGAGAGGUGACAGGGAUGGGGUUAGAUGCAAUUAUCACAUGGCUACAUCGAGGGAUACAACGGACCAGACAAGUUUUAGGAUACCAGGGCAAAUACCUGAAGAGAUCACCUAAAGCAGGGGUGUCCAGUCCUGCUUCUGGAAAGUUCUCUGAUUAAACACACUUGAACCAGCUAAUGAAGGCCUUCAGGGUUUCUUGGCUCAGUCCCUACUAUGGUCUUGUAAAAUAUUACUUUCCUUACCAUUAACCCAAUUUUCACUUAUUCCAAACCUGUUUGAGCUUAUUUCCUCUAUAAUUCAUUUACAAAGCAAGAUAUUCUGAAGAAUUUUGGGGGAAAAAAGCAGCUGUUGACUUUCA